AUGGACGACGUGCGCGUGCAGUGGGUGGGCGAGCGGCUGCAGGGCGCGCUGGGCGUGCGGGACGCGGCGCCCUUCGAGGAGCUGCUCAACCGCGACGACGGCGAGGAGGCCGAGGCGCUGCUGCACUUCCUCAACCAGGGCGCCAGCGCCGAGGAGGGCGAGCCCGCCGCGCUCUUCUUCCGCCCGGAGCUGCGCCUCGACGAGAUCGACAUCGAAAUCGAUGUUCCAUAUGAUGAAGGUGGUGAUGAUGAAGAUAAUCGCUCUGAGAGGCUGGGUGUGGGCUCCUCAACCUCAGUUGUAGAAGGAAAGAGAGAACAGAAAAGCAAAGGAUCUUUGACUGAAGGUGGCGAAAAACCUGUGCCUGACCAUUCUGUAGCCUCCUUUGGGGAAGGUGUGACUGAUAUAGAGCGUGAGCUGGGCAUGCAGGAUCCCAGAGGCCGAUUUUAUAAAAAAAUCGUAAAGCAGGAAGUGUAUAACAUGUAUUAUCACAUGGCUAUGGAUGACAUUCCAGAAGACUUUAUGGAAAGUGAGACUGUGUUUUUUCUCAGAGACACUUCAGAAACCAUUUUCGAACCCAAUGACCUGAUCGAAGCAAAUGAUGUUCUGCCAGAUGUGCUGGAGUAUGGGAUGCUGAGUAGUAACACCCUGUUGAUGCUCAAGCAGCUGUUUGCACUGGUCUUUCUGCCGGCAAUGUGCCAUAACCAAUAUAAUGCAGAUUACCCAGAACUCGAAACGUCAGAGGGUGACAAUCCACAGCCUUCCGUAAAGAUGAAGAAGUUAGUAGCAUUAGACAGCUUUCAGACCAUGAGGAAUGAGUUCUUGAUGAAUAUGCAGAAGUUUCUAAGCCACAUUCAGAGAACCAUUCAGCAGAUUGAAGGAGAAAUAAAGUUAGCAAUGCCAACCAUAUGCUUGGAAGGCGACGUGAACGACCUUGCCAAUGAUCGGGAUGUGGUCGAGACACUGGAAACACAAGUAAAUAAUUGGAUCAUGUUGAUAUCCUCAGUGGAUGAAGGACUGCUGAGAAAGGUCCCCCAGGGAAACAGCCCGCUAGCCGAGAUUGACCUCUGGCGUGAGAGGAACGCAGCGCUGAGCGCCCUCACUGAGCAGAUCAAGCUGCCCUUAUUCAAGAAGGUCCUGCAGGUGCUUGACACUGCCAACAUCGGCAUCGUGGAAAACCUGCAGAUCGUCCUAAACGAGCUCUGCAAGCACCACGUGGAGGCAGUGGACAACGUGAGGUUCCUUUCGACUCUUGAACGACACCUGAAGAACUUAACCCAUGGCACCAGCUUCAGCGUCGUCUUGGAUACAGUUCCCUCGCUGAUGAAUGCCUUGAGAAUGGUGUGGAUAAUUUCGCGGCAUUACAACAAGGAUGAGCGGAUGAUCCCCCUCAUGGAGCGGAUUGCCUGGGAGAUCUCAGCAAGGGUCUGCAAGGCCGUGGAUCUGCGGACUUUGUUCAAGGAAGACAGGCAGCUUGCAAAAAUGAAGAUGACGGAUGCCAAACGUACUCUCCAGAUUUGGAAGGAGUCUUACUUUGACAUCCGUGCCAAAAUCGAAGCUUCGGGAAGAGACGCUCGAUGGGAGUUUGACAGGAAACGUUUGUUUGAAAAAACAGAUUAUAUGGCUACAAUCUGUCAAGACCUCUAUUCUGUAUUGCAGGUAAUGGAGGAGUUUAACAACAUCUUUGGUCCUGAAUUGAAAGCUGUCACUGGGGAUCCAAAGCGCAUUGAUGAAGUUUUACGAAGAGUUGAUGGCCUCGUCAGCCCGAUGGAGGUUCUUUCUUUUGAGCCUUUCAACAUCAGAUGUGCAACUCAGUGGAAGUUGGUUAUGGAAGAGUUUAAGUUGGAGGUUGCGGAUAUCGAAAAAGAAGCAAAGAGCUUCAUUGAUGAAUCUUUUAAGACGCUUCGUUCGGCAGAAGCCGCUUUUGAUAUGCUCUUGAAUUUCAAGCACAUCCGUUCUCGAGAGGCCAUCAACAAGCAGAUGAUGAUGAAGUUCAAUGAUAUCCUGGUGCAAUAUUGCAAAGAGGUUGACAUCGUUAACAACAUCUUUACCAGUAAUCUCAACAGCCCACCGUUGUGUAAGAAUCAUCCUCCAGCAGCAGGAGCAAUUUAUUGGGCACGGUCUCUUUUCUACCGUAUCAAGCAUACCAUUGUUCGAUUUCAAGAAGUAGAGGAACUGUUGUCUAGUGAGCAUGGAAAAGAGGUGAAACAAAAAUACCUUGAAGUGGCAAAGAGGAUGAAAGAAUAUGAAGAUAUGAAGUAUGACCAGUGGAGAGAAAACACAGAAGAGAAACUCCCCAUCUUACUGAAAAAGACCCUUCUUGCAAAAGUUCAUCCUUCUGGGGCUGUAAUUCAAGCUAACCUAGAGUCCCUGGAGCAGACCCCACGAUCUGAUGAGCCGGACGUUGUAGAGAAGAUGAUGUCCUUCACAGUCAACUUUUCUCCCAUGCUUCGAGAAAUUAUCAAUGAAACAAAGUACAUGGAACACCUGGGGUUUCCUAUACCUGAAAUAGCAAGGAAUGUGGCACUACAGGAAGAUAAGCUGCUUCGAUAUACUGAUAACAUAAAACAGAUCCUGGAACAAUAUCAAAAAUUAAUAGCAACACUGAAUGAGGCAGAGAUACAGCUCCUGGAGGAACAUAUGCAAGACAUCUGGCGAGUUUUCCGAUCUGGUCACAAGAGGCUCAACUGGAACUCCUUAGGUAUUGCUGACUACAUUUUACGGUGUAGCCAAGCCAUUGGGAAAUUUGAAUCGCUUAUUCAUCAGGUUCACAAGAAUGCAGAAGACAUGUCCAAUAAACUUUCAUUAAUCGAAUCAACCAAUCUGUUCAAAAGCCCAUCUUCUAAAGGUGACGAUUAUCUGCCUGGAGUGAAAGAAUACUUUGAGUAUAUUAAGCACGAAAGGGCCAGGGAUGCUGAACACAUGGCUCGCAAGUACACUUCCAUUGGCCCACUGCUGACGAAAAUGGAGGGGCUGGUUAUGAACACGAACACUGGCAGGGCUGCCAGGCUGGUUCCUUAUUAUGCCUUUUGGGAAAAGAAAGUUUACCAGAGCUUGACAAACCUAGUCCUGAAAAAUUUACAGAAUUUCAAUGCCGCAGUGGUGGGGAAUAGGCCACUGUUUCAAGCCGAAACCAUCUUGUCUGCUCCUGAAAUCAUCCUCCAGCCAAACAGCGUGGACAUUGAAAAAAUGUGUGUGCACUGCAUUCGUGAUUGUGUGGAAAUUACCAAGUUAUUUGUUCGCUGGAUGCAUGGCACCUGCAUCGACUGCCCGCCACAGCAGACUGGGGACGAUGAGCCCGUCAUCUUUAGCUUUUACAGCGAUAUCUCCCAGAAUCCUUUAAUCAUCGAGCAGGCCAUCCUCAUAACUCAGAACAUGCACAAACUUCUGGGCAACCUGACAAAGUACUUGAACCGAUGGAAAAGGUAUCGGCCGCUGUGGAAGCUUGACAAGGCCAUUGUGAUGGAGAAGUUUGCUGCCAAGAAGCCGCCCUGCGUCGUCUUUGACGACAAGCUGCAGUUCUACACAAAGGUGGCUCAAGAAGUGAUGCAGCAGCCCAUGCACAAAGAUGAGCAGUGCAUCCGCCUUCUGCUCGGGCCUUUGGCUUACACAGUGCAGGAAAAUGCCAGAGGCUGGGUGAAUUCCCUGGGGAAGCUGCUCAACGAUUCAGCGAAAGAGGCACUUUACAGUCUCCAGGAAAACAUCGAGAGACUAUCUCAUAACCUCAAGACAACUCCCAGUACCUUGGAAGAUCUUAAAUUUAUCCUGGGCACAAUUGCUGAAAUCAAGGAUAUGUCUUUAGAAGUGGAACUCCAAUACCUAGAUAUUCAGGAGAGAUACCGUACCCUUGCAAUGUAUGACUUCCCUACAACAGAAGAAGAACAGAAUCUAGUGGAUAAGAUAAAGCUAAUGUGGGAAGCUCUCUUUGCUGAUGCAUCAGGAGUUGAUCACAGCCUUGGAAGUAUCAAGAAGACAUUUACUGAGAUCACAAGUGAGCAGAUUGGAAAUUACAGUAAGGAAAUCGAUGAUUUUUACAAAAGAUUUAUUACUGAGGGGCCAGGUUCUGUUGGUGAGAAUCUUGAUAGAGGAUUAGAGCUUAUGGUAGUUUUUGAAAAAGAACUGGAGAAACAUGAGAAAAAUCGGCAAGAGCUGGCAAAUGCUGAAAAGCUGUUCGACCUUCCAAUCACAAUGUACCCUGAUCUGAUCAAAAUGCAAAAUGAUAUGAAGGGCUUGAGGCAGAUCUAUGGAAUCUAUAAGCUGCAGCGGGCUGCUAAAGAGGAAUGGUCUCAGACUUUGUGGGUGAACCUCAAUGUACAGGUGUUGCAGGAAGGGAUUGAAGGCUUUCUGAAAACCCUUCGGAAACUGCCAAAGCACGUCCGGAGUGUGCCUGUUGCUUAUCACCUGGAAAUGAAAAUGAAGGCUUUUAAGGACUCAAUUCCUUUGCUGCUGGAUUUGAAAAAUGAGGCAUUAAGAGAAAGGCACUGGAAGGAAUUGAUGCGUCGAACAGGUACAAGUUUUGAUAUGGCCACAGAAACAUUCACUCUGGAAAAUAUGUUUGCUAUGGAGCUGCACAAGUACUCUGAUGUUAUCAAUGAGAUUGUGGGAUCUGCCGUCAAAGAGCUCAGCAUUGAGAAGGGAGUAAAGGAAAUAGUCGAAACCUGGGAGAACAUGAAAUUUUCCGUCCAAAGGUACUUCAAAGGCACCCAAGAACGGGGUUUCAUUUUGGGAGCGGUGGAUGACAUAAUUCAGAUCCUGGACGACAACGCAGUCAACCUCCAAAGCAUUUCUGGGAGCAGAUUUGUAGGCCCCUUUCUGGCCACCGUUCACAACUGGGAGAAAACCCUCUCCCUGAUUGGCGAAGUGAUCGAGGUUUGGAUGAUUGUUCAGCGGAAAUGGAUGUACUUGGAAAGCAUCUUUAUUGGGGGAGACAUAAGGUCUCAACUGCCUGAGGAGGCUAAGAAGUUUGACAACAUUGACAGGAUAUUUAAAAGGAUAAUGGCAGAAACAGUCAAAGAGCCAGUGAUAAAGAAGUGUUGUGAAGCUCCAAAUCGUCUUUCAGACCUACAGAAUAUAAGUGAUGGCCUAGAGAAGUGCCAGAAAAGCUUGAAUGAUUACCUGGAUUCCAAAAGAAAUGCUUUCCCCAGAUUCUUCUUCAUAUCUGAUGAUGAACUGCUGAGCAUUCUUGGCAGCAGUGACCCUCUGUGUGUUCAGGAACACAUGAUCAAGAUGUAUGACAAUGUAGCUGCCCUGAAGUUUCAUGAAGAAGACAAUGGUAUAAAGAUCGCUUCAGCUAUGAUUUCUGCUGAAGGGGAAGUGAUGGAGUUCCGGAAAGCUAUCCAAGCCGAAGGCAGAGUGGAAAACUGGAUGACUGCUGUACUUGCCGAAAUGAGGAGGACCAACAGACUCAUUACUAAAGAAGCCAUCUUUCGGUACUGUGAGGACAGAAGCAGAGUUGAUUGGAUGCUGAUGUAUCAAGGCAUGAUGGUGUUGGCUGCCAAUCAGGUGUGGUGGACCUGGGAGGUGGAAGAUGUCUUUCAAAAAGUGAAGAAGGGAGAAAAGCAAGCAAUGAAAAACUAUGCCAAGAAAAUGCACCAGCAAAUCGACUCACUAGUAACCCGGAUCACCAGGCCACUAAGCAAAAACGACAGGAAAAAAUACAAUACCGUUCUCAUCAUCGAUGUCCAUGCCAGAGAUAUAGUUGAUACUUUUGUAAGAGACAGCAUCAUGGAAGCUCGUGAAUUUGAGUGGGAAAGUCAGCUGCGUUUUUACUGGGAUCGAGAGCCAGAUGAACUCAAUGUGAGGCAAUGCACUGGCACCUUUUCAUAUGGCUAUGAAUACAUGGGCUUGAAUGGGCGGCUGGUCAUCACACCACUGACAGACCGGAUAUAUUUAACACUCACCCAGGCCUUGUCCAUGUAUUUGGGUGGUGCCCCUGCAGGCCCAGCAGGAACGGGAAAGACCGAGACCACCAAAGAUCUUGCAAAAGCUUUGGGUUUGCUUUGUGUCGUUACCAAUUGCGGAGAAGGCAUGGAUUUCAAGGCAGUGGGUAAAAUUUUCUCUGGCCUUGCCCAGUGUGGCGCGUGGGGCUGCUUCGAUGAAUUUAAUCGGAUCGACGCUUCUGUGCUUUCAGUCAUUUCCUCACAGAUUCAGACGAUUCGAAAUGCUUUGAUGAACCAGCUGAAAACGUUUCAGUUUGAAGGGCAAGAAAUUUCCUUGGAUCCUCGAAUGGGCAUUUUUAUCACCAUGAAUCCUGGCUAUGCAGGCCGUACUGAGCUCCCGGAGUCUGUGAAGGCUCUCUUCAGGCCAGUAGUUGUAAUCGUGCCAGAUCUUCAGCAAAUUUGUGAAAUCAUGCUGUUUUCUGAAGGGUUUCUGAUGGCAAAGACUCUGGCCAAAAAGAUGACAGUGCUGUACAAACUGGCAAGAGAACAGCUUUCGAAGCAGCAUCACUAUGAUUUUGGGCUUCGGGCUUUGAAGUCAGUCCUGGUGAUGGCUGGAGAGCUGAAGAGGGGCUCACCAGAUCUCAAUGAGGAUGUCGUUCUGAUGAGAGCUCUGAGAGACAUGAACCUUCCCAAAUUUGUUUUUGAAGAUGUUCCCCUUUUCCUGGGUCUGAUUUCUGACCUAUUUCCGGGAUUAGAUUGCCCCCGAGUACGCUACCCGAAAUUUAACGAUGCUGUGGAGCAGGUGCUUGCUGAAGGAGGCUAUGUUGUUCUGCCAGUUCAGGUGGAUAAAGUUGUCCAAAUGUAUGAAACGAUGCUGACUCGUCAUACGACCAUGGUGGUUGGACCAACGGGAGGUGGCAAGUCUGUGGUCAUCAACACGCUGUGUCAGGCUCAGACCAAACUAGGAUUGGUGACCAAGCUUUACACCCUGAACCCCAAAGCCAUGAGUGUCAUCGAACUCUAUGGUAUCCUGGACCCCACUACUCGGGACUGGACUGAUGGAGUUUUGUCCAACAUCUUCAGGGAAAUCAAUAAACCCACGGACAAAAAAGAGAGAAGAUACAUCUUGUUUGAUGGCGAUGUGGAUGCUCUCUGGGUAGAAAACAUGAAUUCUGUGAUGGAUGAUAACAAGCUGUUGACCUUGGCGAAUGGGGAGCGGAUCAGACUCCAGGCCCACUGUGCCCUUUUAUUUGAGGUUGGAGACCUACAAUAUGCCUCACCUGCAACAGUAUCCCGCUGUGGGAUGGUCUUUGUGGACCCAAAGAAUUUGAGAUACAGACCUUAUUGGCAGAAAUGGUCAAACCAAAGAAGCAAGCAAGAAAAACAACUGCUAGAUCGGCUCUUUGACAAAUACGUACCCUACCUGAUUGAGAUGAUUGUAGAAGGAAUUGUGGAUGGGCGGCAGGGGGAGAAGCAGAAGACCAUCGUCCCGCAGACGGACUUAAAUAUGGUGACCCAGCUGAGCAACAUGCUAGACGCCCUGCUGGAGCAGGAGACAGAGGACCCUGACAUCCUAGAGUGCUACUUCCUGGAAGCGUUAUAUUGCUCCUUAGGUGCCUGCCUCCUGGAUGCCGGACGAGCAAAAUUUGAUGACUUUGUUAAACGUCUCUCCUCCAUGUCGACCAUUAAUGAUGAGAUGGUGCUAGCCAAGCCAGGGGAGCUGCCAGGGCAGCUCCCAACUUUAUAUGACUUUCAUUUUCAAGGACGUACGAAAAAGUGGGUGCCUUGGAGCAGAUUGGUCCCUGAAUAUGUUCACUCGCCCGAAGUGAAAUUUGUUGACAUUUUGGUUCCCACAGUGGACACAACCCGCACAAAUUGGCUACUAGAAAGAAUGGUGAAAAUCAAACAGCCUGUUGUAUUGGUUGGAGAAUCUGGAACAUCAAAGACAGCCACAACACAAAACUUUCUCAAAAACCUAAAUCAAGACACAAAUGUAUUGCUUAUCAUUAACUUCUCCUCUCGUACAACUUCGAUGGAUAUUCAGAGGAACUUAGAAGCCAACGUGGAGAAACGGACUAAAGAGACGUAUGGGCCACCGAUGGGAAAGCGCCUCCUUGUCUUUAUGGAUGAUAUGAACAUGCCCAGGGUUGAUGAAUAUGGGACCCAGCAACCCAUUGCAUUGCUCAAGUUACUCUUAGAGAAAGGCGCCCUGUACGAUCGUGGCAAAGAGAUGAACUGCAAGUUCCUCCGUGACCUCGGCUUUGUGGCUGCAAUGGGCAAAGCAGGUGGAGGCCGUAAUGAAGUCGAUCCUCGAUUCAUUUCGCUCUUCACUGUUUUCAACGUUCCUUUCCCUUCAGAUGUCUCCCUGCACCUGAUUUAUGCCUCCAUGUUAAAAGGCCACACUUCGACCUUUAAUGAAGCUAUAGCUGGAAUUGCUGACAAGAUGACAGCUGCUACCCUGGCACUUUAUCAGAUGAUCGUCCACGACCUACCUCCAACUCCUUCAAAAUUCCAUUACAUUUUCAACUUGAGGGAUCUGUCGAGGGUUUACAAUGGACUUGUUCAGACGACCCCAGAACGGUUCCAAACAGUUACUCAGAUGGUGAGAGUAUGGAGAAAUGAGUGCCUGCGAGUUUUCCAUGAUAGACUAAUCAAUGAAACAGACAAAGCUCUGGUCCAAGGCCAUAUACAGACCUUGAUUGAAGAUAACUUCAAAGAUGAUGCCGAACAUGCUAUGAGAGAUCCAAUUCUCUUUGGAGACUUCAGAAUGGCUCUGAAUGAAGGCGAGCCUCGUAUCUAUGAAGACAUCCAGGAUUAUGAUGCAGCCAAAGCUCUCUUUCAGGAGAUCCUUGAAGAGUACAAUGAAACAAAUACCAAAAUGAACUUGGUACUGUUUGAUGAUGCCCUGGAGCAUUUAACUCGCGUUCAUCGAAUCAUAAGAAUGGACCGUGGCCAUGCUUUGCUCGUAGGCGUUGGGGGCUCUGGGAAGCAGUCUCUGGCAAGAUUGGCUGCUUAUACAGCAGGAUGUGAGGUCUUUGAAAUAGUUCUGAGCCGAGGAUAUGGAGAAAACAGUUUUCGGGAGGACCUCAAGACUUUGUAUACAAAACUUGGGCUCGAGAAUAAGAUAAUGAUCUUCCUUUUCACCGAUGCUCAUGUGGCAGAAGAAGGGUUUUUGGAGCUCAUCAACAACAUGCUAACAUCAGGGAUGGUCCCAGCCCUUUUCCCAGAUGAUGAGAGAGACAGUAUUUUAAGCCAGAUCACAAGUGAAGCGAUGAAAGCUGGAGCAGCACCGGCCAAAGAAAGUGUUUGGCAGUACUUUGUAAGCAAAAGUGCCAACAACCUCCACAUUGUCCUUGGGAUGUCCCCGGUUGGUGAUACUCUGAGAACACGCUGUCGAAAUUUUCCAGGUCUUGUCAAUAACACUGGAAUUGAUUGGUUCUUGCCGUGGCCUCCUCAGGCCCUGUAUGCAGUAGCCAAGUUCUUUUUGGGGAACAAUCCCCUGAUCCCCUCAGAAAAAUCCGAGGGGGUAAUCGAGCACAUUGUCAUGGUUCAUGGCUCAGUCGGACUGUACAGCAAAAAAUUUCUGCAGAAGCUCAGACGCAGCAACUACGUCACCCCAAAGAAUUACCUUGAUUUCAUUAAUACCUAUUCCAAACUGCUGGAGGAGAAAAAUCUCUUCAUUUUGGCUCAGUGCAAACGUCUCGAGGGCGGUCUGGACAAACUCAAAGAAGCGACCGUGCAGCUGGAUGAGCUCAACCUGAAGCUGGCUGAGCAAAGGAUCGUGUUGGCAGAGAAGUCAGCUGCGUGUGAAGCUCUUUUGCAGGAGAUUGCCACCAACACAGCCAUUGCUGAGGAGAAGAAAAAACUGGCUGUGGAAAAAGCCAUAGAAAUAGAAGAGCAGAACAAGAUUAUAGCAGUAGAGAAAAGGGAAGCUGAGACCGCCCUGGCGGAGGCCAUGCCCAUCUUGGAGGCAGCAAAACUGGAACUUCAGAAGCUUGAUAAAUCUGAUGUCACAGAGAUCAGGUCUUUUGCUAAGCCCCCGAAGCAAGUGCAGACUGUUUGCGAGUGUAUCCUCAUCAUGAGAGGCUACAAAGAAUUAAACUGGAAGACAGCCAAAGGGAUGAUGUCAGAGGCCAACUUCCUGCGCUCACUCAUGGAAAUCGAUUUUGAUUCGAUUACUCAGACCCAAGUGAAAUCAGUCCGAGGGCUUCUGAAGAACUUAAACACCACCUUUGAGGAGAUGGAGGUUGUCAGCAGAGCUGGUCUGGGGAUGCUGAAGUUUGUUGAUGCCGUGAUGAGCUACUGCGACGUAGCGAAGGAGGUCAAGCCAAAGAGAGAAAAGGUGGCCAGACUGGAGCGGAAUUUCUUCUUAAGUAAGCGUGAGCUGGAGAAGAUCCAGGCUGAGCUGACAGCCAUCCAGAAUGAGCUGAAGGCUCUGGGAGAUAAGUAUGAGGCAGCAAUACGGGAAAAGCAGCAGCUUCAGGAAGAAGCAGAGAUUAUGGAACGGCGGCUUAUUGCUGCUGACAAACUCAUCUCAGGCUUGGGAUCAGAAAAUAUAAGGUGGAUGAAUGAUUUGGAGGAAUUAAAGAGACGGCAAGUGAAGCUGCUAGGAGACUGUCUGCUGUGUGCAGCUUUCCUGAGCUACGAGGGUGCCUUCACCUGGGAGUUUCGGGAUGAAAUGCUGAAGGAAGUGUGGCGGUCUGAUAUUCAGACUCGGGAGAUUCCUCUGAGCACGCCUUUCCGAUUGGAAAACCUCCUGACAGAUGACGUUGAGAUUAGCAGGUGGGGGUCUCAAGGUCUGCCUCCAGACGAACUCUCAGUUCAAAAUGGCAUCCUCACCACACGAGCCAGUCGCUUCCCCUUAUGCAUUGACCCACAGCAACAAGCCUUGAACUGGAUUAAGAGGAAAGAAGAAAAAAAUAACCUGAGGAUGGCCUCUUUCAAUGAUCCUGAUUUCCUUAAGCAACUUGAAAUGGCUAUAAAAUAUGGGAACCCUUUCUUGUUCCAUGACGUCGAUGAAUACAUUGACCCUGUGAUUGAUAAUGUCUUGGAAAAGAACAUCAAGAGUGCCCAGGGCCGAACCUUCAUCAUUCUUGGGGACAAGGAGGUUGACUAUGACACCAAUUUCAAAUUGUACUUGAACACCAAACUGGCCAAUCCUAAAUACUCACCAUCAGUGUUUGGCAAAGCCAUGGUAAUCAACUACACAGUUACGUUGAAAGGUUUGGAGGACCAGCUGCUCAGUGUGAUUGUUGGAUUUGAAAGACAUGAACUGGAGGAACAGAGAGAACAUCUCAUCCAGGAAACAAGUGAAAACAAAAAUCUGCUGAAGGACCUGGAAGAUUCUCUCCUUCGUGAACUUGCAACAUCCACUGGGAACAUGCUGGACAAUGUAGACUUGGUACAUACUCUGGAGGAAACCAAGUCCAAAGCUACAGAGGUGACAGAGAAACUCAAGCUGGCUGAGAAAACCGCAGUUGACAUUGACAGACUGCGAGAUGGCUACCGCCCAGCUGCCAAGAGAGGCGCCAUUUUGUUCUUCGUGCUGUCUGAGAUGGCCCUGGUCAAUACCAUGUAUCAAUACUCCUUGGCUGCCUUCUUGGAUGUCUUUGGCUUCUCCCUUCGGAAGUCCUUGCCCGAUACCAUUCUUGCAAAGAGGUUGCGAAACAUCAUGGACACGUUAACAUUCAAUGUAUACAAUUACGGCUGCACAGGCCUGUUUGAAAAACACAAGUUACUCUUCUCCUUUACCAUGACGAUCAAGAUCGAGCAGGCUGAUCACAGAGUCCCUCAGGAUGAACUGGAUUUCUUUUUGAAAGGAAAUCUUUCUUUGGAGAAGAGUACCCGAAAGAAGCCAUGUUUCUGGCUUUCUGAUCAAGGCUGGGAGGAUGUCAUCCGUGUUGCUGAACUGUUUCCCGAACAAUUUGGUUCUCUUCCAGAUGAUGUGGAGGAAAAUCCAACUGAAUGGAAAGCUUGGUAUGAUCUUGAUGCCCUGGAACAAUCCCCAUUUCCCAUGCACUACCGGAAGAGCCUCACCAAUUUCCAAAAGCUGCUGCUCUUGCGUUGCUUCCGGGUUGACCGUGUCUAUCGUGCUGUGACUGACUAUGUUACCCUCACAAUGGGUGUGAAAUAUGUCCAGCCACCAGUGAUCAGCUUUGAUGCCAUCUUUGAGCAGAGCACCCCAAACUCACCAAUAGUUUUCAUUCUAAGUCCUGGCUCUGAUCCUGCAAGUGACCUUAUGAAACUGGCCGAUCGGUCGGGCUUCGGAGGGAAUCGGCUCAAAUUCCUGGCCAUGGGACAGGGGCAGGAAAAGGUUGCACUGCAGCUGCUGGAGAAUGCCGUGGCCCGUGGACAGUGGCUAAUGCUGCAGAACUGCCACCUGCUGGUGAAGUGGCUGGUUGACCUGGAGAAGGCACUAGAGAGGGUCACUAAGCCGCACCCGGAUUUCCGCUUGUGGCUGACAACGGACCCCAUCAAGGGCUUUCCCAUUGGUAUACUCCAGAAAUCUUUAAAGGUUGUCACAGAGCCGCCCAAUGGGUUGAAACUGAACAUGCGAGCCACCUACUUCAAAAUCUCUCAUGAUUCUCUUGACCAGUGCCCGCACCCUGCUUUCAAGGCCUUGGUCUAUGUCUUAGCAUUUUUCCAUGCCGUGGUUCAGGAGAGGAGGAAGUUUGGGAAGAUCGGCUGGAACGUGCCUUAUGAUUUUAAUGAAUCCGAUUUCCAGGUCUGCAUGGAGAUCCUCAAUACGUACUUGACAAAAGCAUUUGAGCAGAAGGAUGACAAAAUUCCGUGGGGGAGCCUCAAGUACCUCAUCGGAGAGGUGAUGUACGGUGGGCGAGCCAUCGACAGCUUUGAUCGGCGCAUCCUCAGCAUCUACAUGGACGAGUACCUGGGGGAUUUCAUCUUCGACACCUUCCAGCCCUUCCAUUUCUUCCACAAUGAUGACGUUGACUACAGAAUCCCUGAAGGGCAAACGAAGGAUGAGUUUGUCGAAGAGAUAGAGUCUCUUCCACUUGCGAACACGCCAGAAGUGUUUGGCCUUCAUCCCAAUGCCGAAAUUGGAUACUACACGCAGGCAGCUCGGGACAUGUGGUCACACCUUUUAGAGCUGCAGCCUCAAGCAGGUGAAUCUGGUACUGGGAUAAGUCGUGAUGAAUACAUUGGCCAGGUUGCUAAGGACAUAGAAAAUAAGAUGCCCCAAAUCUUUGAUAUCGAUCAGAUAAGAAAGAGCUUGGGAAUUGACAUUUCACCAACGACAGUAGUGCUAUUACAGGAACUGGAACGCUUUAACAAGCUCAUUGUUCGUAUGACCAAAUCUCUGGCUGAGCUGCAGAGGGCCUUGGCUGGGGAGGUUGGCAUGAGCAAUGAACUGGACGAGGUGGCGCGUGCACUCUUCAACGGGCACAUUCCAGGCAUCUGGAGAAAGCUGGCACCCGACACGCUGAAAACACUCGGCAACUGGAUGAUUUUUUUUAGGAACCGGUAUCUCCAGUACACGUCGUGGAUUGAGGAGGGCGAACCAAGUGUCAUGUGGUUGUCAGGACUGCAUAUCCCCGAGUCCUACCUCACCGCACUUGUUCAAGCAACCUGUAGGAAGAACGGCUGGCCUUUGGACCGCUCUACCUUAUAUACUCAAGUGACCAAAUACAGGACUGCAGAGGAAGUCACAGAACGUCCUGGACAAGGAUGCUUUGUGUCUGGCCUGUACCUGGAGGGAGCAGACUGGGAUCUUGAGAGCGGCUGCCUCAUCAAGAGUACACCCAAAGUGCUGGUUGUUGAUUUACCCAUUCUGAAGAUAAUCCCCAUCGAGGCUCAUCGGCUCAAGUUGCAGAAUACCUUCCGGACCCCAGUGUACACAACGUCCAUGCGGAGGAAUGCUAUGGGUGUUGGCUUAGUAUUUGAAGCUGAUCUUUUUACCACAAAGCAUAUUUCUCAUUGGGUACUACAAGGUGUUUGCCUCACAUUGAAUGCUGAUUAGUGCGCAGAUACAAAUGUGCCGCAGCUUUGCUGCAAACUAUUGAUGGGGAAAGAUACAGAAAAGCUAGACAAGGCAUUACGUUCUGUUAUUUCUUCCACUGAAACUUUGCUUCCUGCUUCAUAAGACCCAUAUUAUAGAUUUGUCUAAAACUAGUUUUUAAUAACCAUUAUUAGAAGUCUACAAAUAUUUACAUACUGUAAUUUGUUUGAAAAUAAAACUGUUAGUGAGUUUA